CGAUGUGUUCUCAGAGCAUUCCGCAGGGAAAUUUUUUCUUCCUUUGACUGGUCUGUAAAUCAGCGGCAGCUUCAGCGGCAGAAUGAAUUUGCCACUAAACCCAAAUCCAUUCCUUAAUGGCCUUAUCGGUAAGCCAGUAAUGGUGAAACUGAAGUGGAGUAUGGAAUACAAGGAAUACCUGGUUUCUGUGAAUGGCUACAUGAACAUGCAGCUCGCCAAUACAGAAGAGUAUAUUGAUGGGGCGUUGUCUGGACAUGUUGGAGAGGUUCUCAUAAGGUGUAAUAAAGUAUUGUAUAUACGAGGAGUAGAAUAGGAGGAAGAAGGUGGCGAGAUGAGAGAAUAAAGCAAUUUACAAAUUCGUUUUGUAAAUUUAUUUCGAAACUUCUCUUUU